AUCGCCGCUGAAUGUUUCCACGCGUGGACCGCUCUUUUCUCCAUCGCCUUCAUGAGGUUGCAGUGUUGAACAGAAUGUGAGCUUUUGUUGGAUCGUUGCCUCCAGCGGAUGUUCGGAGCUUUUGCCCAUAUUUGGAUUCUUGAUUCCACGGUGGAUACAAACAAAACACUGACCAUUUCCAUUUAUCCGUGAGUCCUUGCACUGUGCGAGGAACAUCAUCCGUGGACCAUGCUCCAGUGCGCGAACUGCGACAAGCCGAUCCUGGACCGGUUCCUGCUGAAGGUUCUGGACCGACCGUGGCACGUCCACUGCGUCCACUGCUUUGAGUGUAAAUGCACUUUGACUGACAAGUGUUUUUCUCGUGAAGGGAGGCUGUACUGUAAAGAGGACUUCUUCAGGAAUUUCGGGACCAAAUGCGGCGGCUGCUCUGAGGGGAUUCUGCCCAGCGACCUUGUCCGCAGGGCCAAGGGCAAAGUGUUCCACCUGAACUGCUUCACCUGCGUGAUGUGUCACAAGCAGCUGUCCACCGGUGAGGAGCUCUACAUCCUGGACGAGUUCAAGUUCGUCUGCAAGGAGGACUACCAGAGCCACAACGGGAAAGACACCCUCAACCUCACAGUAACCCCGUGCAGCGACCCCAGUCUCUCCCCGGAUCCCCAUGACGCGCCGGACGCCCAGGAUCCCCAGGAUGACGGCAAGGAGUCGGAAACUGGGCAUUUGUCCGACAAAGAGGCGUGUAACAACGAGAAUGACGAGCAAGGAGCGGUGGGCAAACGACGAGGACCCCGGACCACGAUUAAAGCCAAACAGCUGGAAACGCUGAAGGCAGCUUUUGCCGCCACGCCGAAGCCCACGAGACACAUCCGGGAGCAGCUGUCACGUGAGACAGGCCUCAACAUGAGGGUCAUCCAGGUUUGGUUUCAAAACCGAAGGUCCAAAGAGAGAAGAAUGAAGCAGCUGAGCGCUCUGGGUACAAGGAGACACAUGUUUUUUCGGGGCCCCAGGAGGAUGAGAGGCCUCGGAGAGCGAAUGGAGACUCCAGAGAUGGCCCACUUUUCGUACUAUGGAGAUUACAGCGGGGAAUACUACAGCUCUGGGGGGAAUUAUGAGUACUACCAAGGCCCACCGCCUUCUCAGGCUCAGACCCCUGCAGACCUGGGCUUUGUCCCCUCCUCCGUCCCUGCUGGAACCCCACUAGGAGCACUUGACCACCACCAGCACCACCACCAAGGAGCGCACUGUCCCGGAGAGAUGCAGUGUUUCUCUGACUCAGUCUCUCAUCACCCCUCCGAGUCACCCAGUCCGGAGCCCAACGGGCCGGGUUCGAUGCACAGCAUCAGCAGCGAGAUGUGUGGGCCCGGGACCCCCUACACUUCUGUGUCUCUGGGUGAGAACGGAUACACCAACGCACUGUCACAAGCUUCCUCAGAGUUGAGCGAAGGAACCGUGUGGUGACACUGACUCGACGCACUGAUGAAACAUGACUGCAAAAUCCAACAAUUUAUUCUUAUUUAUAUUUAUUUAUUUAUUUAAGUACCUGCUAUUUAUUUAAGUACCAGUUGUUGCAUUUGUUUAUUUAUUCAUUUAUUUGUGUACAAACCUGUUCUAUUAUUGUUUAAAAUGUAAAUUUAAAUAUCUAUAUUUGUAUCCAUGUGCGAGUCUUGGCAACACUGGACCUUUUUGAUGGAGCAAUAAACAUUUCAGUUAUUCAUAGUCAGACAAUAAUUCACGGCCUGAUGAUGAUUGUGACGUUCAGUACCAAAAACCUCUCAGGACUGACGGUGUCAUACCCGCACUGGUUUGCCUUCAACAGGAAGUCUGGAGAUGUAGCAGACAGCAGUCAACUGUUUACCUAAAACCUCAGAGUUCUUUCGAUGGUUGUUGAAUUGCAAGUGGACCGAACGUUUUGUCUAGAUGUCUGCUCACUGUGCUAGCUUGUAUCCUGUCCUAGUCGAGAUGCAUUUGCCAAAUGAAUAAACAUGCAGUUUUGUGUUUUCAGAAAAUGUGAAUUGCUUGACGUCACCGCAGCCAUUUCCCUCAUGACUCAUGGUUAAAUGUUCAGCCAUCUUUGUUUACAUCCCUUCGGUGUAUAAUAAAGAUGAACAUAGAUUCAUCAUGUGUCGCAGGAGUCAGAC